AUGGAGCUAGUGCCGGAGUUAGUGGCCGAUUCCAAACUGGACACGAUCUUUAAGAAAGGAUUCACGAUCCAUCAUGUUCGGACGCCGGAUACGACUCCUCUUCUCGGAAAGAAUAAGAAGAAGCAGAAGUGGGAGCAGUCCAAAGAACUUGGUCGGGGAUCGUUCGGGACUGUUUGGCUGCAGAAGCUGGUAGGAGGCGGCGACAAAGACACAGACAAACGAGCCGUCAAGCAAAUUGAGAAGAGGUCUGCAGUCGACUACAGCCAUGAGCUGGAUGCGAUAGCGAAAUUCUCUCAGGACAAGUUCAACUAUUCGUUCGUCAAGUCGCUUGGAUGGUACGAAGAUGACAAACACGUAUAUAUCUCGAUGGAAUAUCUUCCCCACGGCGAUCUAAGCCGCCAUUUUGACGAGUUCGGCCCACUACUAGAGCAUGAAGCCCAAUGCGUUGCUCAUCAGAUAUUAGACGGACUGAAGAGUAUGCACGACCACGGCUUCGUUCAUCGUGAUCUGAAGCCACAAAAUGUGCUGAUCAAAGAGCGCAGCCCUAACUGGUGGGUCAAGCUUGGCGAUUUUGGAGUCAGCAAGCGUAUGCAGGACGCGGCUUCACUCAGUACAUAUACUGGUACAGAUGGCUUCAUGGCACCCGAAGUCAUCAUGAGAAAAGGUCACGUUAAUUGGAAGGCCCUCGCUGGACGCAAAUCAUACACGGAUGCCGUAGAUAUAUGGGCUUUGGGUGCACUAGUUUUCCAGGCUCUCACUGGCAGCGAGCCUUUCGCAAAAGAUCUGGGGUCCUACGUCGAGGGGAAAACGCCUUUCCCUUACCAUGUGCUGCAAGCGCAAAGUAUCUCACGGAAAGGAUGCGACUUACUGGAGAGACUUUUGCAAGUCAUUCCUGAGAACCGUCCCACAGCAUCCGAAGCUCUCCAAGAUCCCUGGCUUAAAGCACAAGAGGCUACUCAAAGAGACUCGAUUGAAUCGCGGAGACCAGCUUCUACACUACACGAACAAGGCAAGAACGCGACUAACUUUUUCCGUAACAUGGCGCAGCAGACAGCGUCUACUGUCGCAUCUGCGGCAUCCCUGGCCUGGAGCGAUGCGGAAAGGUCUACUAUAGUGUUCAAAGCCCUCGACUCUGUCAGAACUGCAGCCAAAGAUCGAUUCCCCGCAUCUUCACGACGCGGUGCCGAUGCUGUAGAUCUAGAGUCACACGGAAAUGCUCUUGGUCUUACGACCCUAGUAGAGCAACCAUCACCACCUGCCAAAGACUCAUCUACUUUCGACCUAGCGACUGACAAAGAAGCCUUCACAGUCUCAAGAGUCACUGGAUGGCUCAACUCUGAACCAGGCCAAUACCUCAACGCUCCCAGGAAGAGUGGAAAGUGUGAGAAGUCCCAGAAGUUCGGAAGAAGAGCGCCGAUCCGGCAGCGCGACACCACCAUAUGCGACGAGAUCAGUAACACUGCGCUCUGA